AUGUCUUUUCAAUCUCCAAUGCCUAGCAGAGAAUUUUUGUGGGAUAUCUUCAGAAGGGUAGAUAAAGACAGGAGUGGGUAUAUAUCUGCAGAUGAAUUACAGCAAGCAUUAUCAAAUGGUACAUGGAAUCCAUUCAAUCCAGAAACAGUGCGACUCAUGAUAGGUAUGUUUGACAAACAAAAUAGAGGAGUUAUAUCGUUUGAGGAUUUUGGAGCUCUAUGGAAGUAUGUGAGCGAUUGGCAAAAUUGUUUCCGUUCUUUUGACAGAGACAGUUCGGGAAAUAUUGAUAAAGUUGAAUUAAAAAAUGCCCUCACAGCAUUUGGAUACAGACUGUCUGAUGAAAUUGUCAACAUUAUGGUGCAAAAGUUUGACAGAUUUGGUAGAGGGACCAUACUGUUUGAUGACUUUAUUCAAUGCUGUAUCACUUUAUAUACCUUAACAUCAGCUUUUCGUCAGUUCGAUACUGACCAAGACGGAGUCAUCACCAUACACUAUGAGCAGUUUCUCAAAAUGGUCUUCGGACUCAAGUGUUGGCCG